AUGACGGCUGCAGAAUUGACCAUCACAGCGCGCAGUGAAGGAAUGGAAAUGGCUCCUUUGGCCGGUAAUGUCGCCGAAAAUAGAGCGAGGGUUCCGACGACUAUCGCAAGCAGUGCCACGCGAGAACACACGACCGAAGAGAUGUCCGGCCACGGCGGAUCGUUUGUGGAGAACAUGAGACCCUCGGGUGUCGAAUUUUGGCUCCUCAUGCUCAACUUAGGUGCCAUCUUGAUCCUUAUCAGCAUAGAUAUGAAUAUUGUUGCGACUGCUGUGCCUGCAAUAACCGACCAUUUUCAUUCAGUCGCGGAUGUUGGCUGGUAUUCGUCUGCCUUUAGGCUGUGCCAGUGUGCUUUCCAGUUUGUCUUUGGAAAGGCAUACAGAUUAUUUUCCAUCAAGCGUGUUUUUCUGCUUGCAAAUUUCAUUUCGAUAGCGGGAUCGCUGCUCUGUGGAGUAGCUGCCACUUCGACAAUGCUUAUCGUCGGAAGAGCUGUCGCCGGACUAGGUGCUGCUGGUCUCCUUUCCGGAUGCUUUAUCAUUCUCGUCCAAUCGACAGAUCCGAGGAGACGUCCUAUGUUCACAGGAAUUAUGGGUGCAGUUGAAGGGCUCGCCACUCUAUCUGCGCCGAUUCUUGGUGGCGCGAUCGUGCAAUCACUUGGUUGGAGAUGGUGCUUUUACAUCAAUGGCCCGAUUGGUGUUGUUGCUAUCGUAUUGACCAUAUUUUGCUUUUCAGAUACGCCGAAGCCUGGCGACAUUGAAAGGUUAAAAUUAAAGCAGAAGAUAUCACAGCUUGACUUGGUUAGCAACAUGCUCUUCAUCCCGGCCCUGACUAGUCUUUUCCUCGCGUUAUCCUGGGCUGGUACCAAAUAUCCGUGGAAUAGUGGCCCAGUGAUAGGUGCUUUGAUAUCUUUUAUCUCUUUAACGGCAGCCUUUAUCUACAACCAAAAACGUCGAGGCGACGAGGCUGCCCUGCCGUUACGCAUAAUGAAGCACCGCAGCAUCAUCGCUGGUUUCAUUUUCAUUAUGUGCGUCAACAGCACCGGAAGCGUGCUCGAGUACUAUCUGCCCACCUAUUAUCAAGUCGUUCGCGGAUAUACGCCUGCGAAAAGUGGUUACAUGAUGCUUCCUAUCGUCAUCGCCGGUACGAUCGGCUCCUUAGUUCAUGGGUUUGGUACAAGUUUCUUCGGCUACUACGCGCCCUUCAUGGUAUUCGCCUCUACCAUCAUGCCAAUCGCCGCAGGCCUUAUCACAACGGUCAAAAUCAAUACCAGUUUUGCGCAACUGAUCAUCUAUACCGGAUUUUCUGGCCUUGCUUAUGGAAUCGGCUUUUCAGGGCCCCAAAAUGCAGUGCAAACAGUGUUAGCCAUAGAGGAUGUCCCACUUGGCACUUCUAUCAUGCUAUUCGCGCAAUCAUUUGGCCCCACCGUCGCGGUCGCCGUUGCACAAGUUCUUUUUGUCAAUCAGCUCUCGACCAAUCUCAAUGUUCUAAUGCCGGGAAUAGAUGAGGCAGAUCUUGGAAAGUCAAGUCUUAAUCAUAUUGUCACGAGUGUGCCAUUGGAAAAGUCGCGAGAUGUCCUGGUCGCGAUAGAUAAAAGUCUCAUUCAAACAUGGUAUCUAGUGGUUGGGUUGGCGUGCACAACUAUGAUAGGGAGUUUGCUGAUUGAAUGGCGAUCAGUAAAGUCUAGGCGUGACUAG